ACUUUACCGUUUCACUACAGUUCCAUUAUAGCUAGUUACUUGCCGUAAAUAGUUAGUCAUUAGUGUGCAGUGAUUUGAAUAGAUGCUGUCAGUUUAUUAAAAUAUAUCGGUCCUGCGCAAACUAAAUGCAAAAUUGAAUGCAAUCAGAAAGUCCUUCUUUUUAAGGAAAUCAUAAUUCCCUUCACAUUAACAUUUAUACCAACGUUUAUCACACAAAACCAAAAUAUUAUAUCUUGUAUAUAUGUAUUGUUUGUAUGUAUUUACUUAUUAACUCUUAUUGUAAAAUACUUUAGAUCAGUAAAAAAUAAACAAUUAGCUAACGAACUUGGAAAAUGGUUUCUUAUGAUAUGUAUGAAAGAAAAUAUCGAUCUGAAUAACCUUGUGAGAAUCAAUUGGUCAGGCUUGAUAUUGUAUUAUUAUGGCGCGAAAUUUCAACAGAACUUGGAAAAUGGUUUUUUAUGAUAUGUAUGAAAGAAAAUAUCGAUUACCGCCACACCUUUUCCUCGAAGUUUUCAGGCUCAUUGAGGGCCUAGUACCGAGAUUAUUGCCAAUACAAUAUUUUGCAAGGUGGAAACAUAAAGUUAUAAAAACGGAGACUUUUAAACAUUGCUUCCAUUGUCACUACGAGUUUAAUAUCUACACUAUUAUUUUCGCAUCACCUCGAGGUGAUGAUAACUUAAAAUCACACUAUGGAAUAAAACGCAUCACAUGGCAUUUAAAAUUAUAAUAAAGAUUACAAAUUCAUUAAACGUAGUAAUUUGGCCUUUGGCUAGACUGGAUAAUAGUCAACGAAUCUCAAUAUCACUACACUCGAUGAAUGUUUGAGCACUUCUAUGAAUUGCGCCAUUUUCACCCUAUGAAUCUUCAAUGGAGUUGUUGCGGAUAUUAUUGCUAAAAAUGUUGCAGCUGGUUUCAAUCAAUAUAGAUGGAAUUCAUUAAAAGAUAAAGAAAAGAUAAUAUUUUUUUUAAAAAACAAUAAAAUGCACUUGUAAUGCAUUAUGUAAUGGCGUGUAUUGUUUAUGAUAGAAAUUAAUUUUCGGGUGCGCCCUAAUAAUUGUGAGAUGAUUGUAAAACAUUGUUAUUGAAACGCUACGAUUGUAUUGAAUGUUAUUGAGCGAAAUUUUUGGCUUUACUCAUAUUAUAUACUUUUUAUAGGCAGCAUAAUUACUUUUUAAUAGCAUUGACCUUUACACUGCAAAUUAAAUACAUCAUAAAUACUUCUCAUUUUAUUAUGACGCGACACAUUUAUAAAAUAAAAUAUCAUCUUGAGACGCACCCAAAAGAAAUAAACGCGCCAAAAGUUAUUAGUAGUAGUAGUAGCAUGUUGUCCUCGUGACAUAAUAAGAAAGAUAGCUAGAAUAUCUAUAGAAAUGUUGUGGUGCUAAAUGCAGUUAGAACAGAAAGUUUAUAGAACACUGUUUUCGCAUUACAAUGCAUGCAUUUUAUGUUAUCGCAUUACCUGACAAAACUUCAUCAACUCAUUAACAUCAUUUUCACUAAAAUGACGCGAAUAAACAUAAACGUAGCAUUUUAAAGAAAUAAAAAUAGUUUUGUGGAAUAUCUUCAUUAUCAUGUUUAAAUUUAUUUUAACUUGUUUUUUUAACUUUAUUCCAAAUGAGCCAUAUGGUAUCAAAUUAUUCAGGAGUAAUUGACGGAUAGUAAAUUUUCUUCCCAAUUUGUGGCGUUGUUUCUAAAUUGAACAACUUAAUUUUACCAGACGUAUCUUUACAUUAUAGUUAUUUUUUUCCGCGUUGUUGUGAUUGUGUAGAGUAAUUUUAAUUUCCAUUAAAUUGAUUUUUUUAAGGUAGGAUAUUUAAUGGUACAUAGCUUAUAUCAUAUUAAUUUGAUGAUCUACUACGCUUUUGUUCCUAUUUUUAAGAGUUUAUUCUCCAGUUUUUAUGAAGGCAAAUGCGUGAUUAUUUCACUUAGGUUAACAGAUAUUUUGUGUACCUUUACAGAGUUUUAUGUUUUGUUUACAUGUGCGCAACUUCAUUGUAACUUCCUUGGCCCUAGAUAAUAUCUUAGCUGUAGCUCACUGAUUUGACUUUGUUCAAUGCUUGAAAAUGCUUGAAAAAUGCUUGAAAAAUGCUUGAAAAAUGCUUGAAAAAAAAAUUGUAGCAAUAAAAUUAUGGAAACCCUAUUUACUUUAUUUAUUAAUUAUAAUCCAUUUUUUAAAAAUAAUAUAAUUCAGUGAACAAUAAAUGAUUCUGGUGAUAACUUCUAACACAAUUUUUCUUGUUAAGAUUCCACUUAUAGCAUGUCAAACGAGAAUCUGUCGCAGAAUUAAAUUGUAGACAAGAGAAAAAUAA